ACGGAUAGCUAGAUAGAUGGAUAAAUAGAUAGUCUUCUGUUCUUCUGUUUGCAUGCAAAACGUUGGAAUAAUAUACCACACUUCCUUUGUGGAAAACUAGCAUAUACUGUUUUUUGUCAUAGGGAUAAUACACGUCAAGUGAGCAUUGGUCAUCUGGUUGGUGCCAUGUCCACGAACAAAUUGGAUGAUAAGAACUGUUAUUAUUAUCAUCACGACUUUUUAUUAUCAGUAGCCUACUUGACAGUUGAAAAAAAAAAAAAAAGACUGGGCUCUCAGGCUGCAGCCUCCAAAGGCACUCACCUACUUUUACCUGAUGGCAUGUCUCAGGACAGUCACCACGGCAAGUGGACCAUCUCCAGCAGUGAUGACGAUGAUGAGGAUCUUCCUCUUUCCGGGACUGCAACAUCUAAGCCCCAACGACCCGCUGUAUCCAAUCACAGCUCCCAUCGGUCUGCUUCUCCCCCCAGCCCCAAAUUGGAGCCAGUAACAGCCACCGUGGAGGUGAAACCAGAACCAGCUAACGCCCCUGUAUCAGCACUUGUUAUUGGCUCUGAGGCCAGACAGUCAGCAACAGUGAACCAGUUAAAUCCAGUGAAGUAUGAAACUAGUCCGUCAUUGGCUGGAAAGCGGAAGAAAGAGGUGUCAGACGGCUCAGGCUGGGCUCUCUCAGAUAGUGAUGAUGAUGGAGAUGUGAAGGGGAAGAGUCUCAGUAAUUUACCAAACAGGGCGCCUCCGAGCCCCAAAACAAAGAAAGCGAAGGUGGAGAACGAGCGCCCUCCGAGUCCCCACGGCCGGCUCUACUAUAUCGACGAGCCAGAGGACUUCUUUGAAUCCAGUAUUCCUUGUCUAAAUGACACCUACAGGUUUUACCUCAACAAAGUCACAGGCCUGGACAGGAAGUACAACAGUGGCGCUCUGCACAUCAGAGACAUUCUCUCUCCAUUAUUUGGGACCCUUAAAGAAUCUGUUCAGUUUAACUACUGCUUUGAUAUUGCCUGGAUGGUUAAGCAGUACCCAUCAGAGUUUAGGGAUCGUCCAGUUCUGAUCGUCCAUGGCGAUAAGAGGGAGGCCAAGGCCCGGCUGGUCCAGCAGGCUCAGCCUUUUCCACAUGUUCGAUUCUGCCAGGCCAAGCUGGAUAUUGCUUUUGGAACUCACCACACGAAGAUGAUGUUGCUGUGGUAUGAGGAAGGCUUCAGAGUCAUCAUUCUGACCUCCAACCUCAUCAGAGCUGACUGGUACCAGAAAACACAAGGGAUGUGGAUGAGCCCCAUGUUUCCACGGUUACCAAAGGGCAGCAGUGCAAGCGCAGGUGAGUCACCAACCUUCUUCAAGAGGGACCUGCUGGAAUACCUGGCAUCAUACCGCGCACCAGAACUCGAGGAGUGGAUCCAACGAAUCAAAGAGCACGACCUGUCAGAGACCAGGGUUUAUUUGAUCGGCUCAACCCCGGGGAGAUAUGCUGGUUCAGACAUGGAGCGCUGGGGCCACCUGAGGAUGAGGAAGCUGUUGUAUGACCACACAGAGCCUAUCCCCGGUGAGGAAAGGUGGCCUGUGAUUGGCCAGUUCUCCAGCAUCGGCUCUAUGGGACUGGAUAAGACCAAAUGGUUGGCAGGGGAAUUUCAGCGCACCCUGACCACGCUGGGGAAAUCCUCUUUUCGUCCAAACCCCCCCAUGCACUUGCUGUAUCCAUCAGUUGAAGAUGUGAGGACAAGUUUAGAAGGCUACCCAGCGGGAGGCUCUCUUCCCUACAGCAUCCAGACAGCUCAGAAACAACUCUGGCUCCACUCCUACUUCCACCGUUGGAAGGCGAAUACGACAGGUAGGAGUCACGCCAUGCCUCACAUCAAGACAUACAUGAGGGUGUCACCAGAUUUCACUCAGCUUGCCUGGUUCCUUGUCACAAGUGCCAACCUGUCCAAAGCAGCGUGGGGUGCACUGGAGAAGAACAACACUCAGGUGAUGGUUCGUUCAUACGAGCUGGGAGUCCUCUACGUGCCCUCCGCCUUUAACAUGAAGACCUUCCCUGUUCACAAAAAUCCAUUUCCUGUCUCCUCUUCCUCUGGUUUCCCUGUGCCCUUUGACCUCCCUCCCACAAGCUACUCUCCCAAAGAUCAGCCUUGGAUCUGGAACAUUCCGUACAACCAGGCUCCCGACACACACGGCAACAUCUGGGUUCCCUCCUGAACACACACACACACACACACACACACACACAUACUGUACAUACAGACCUCUCUACUUUAAAACUGGUGUAUUUGUAACUGUCACUACUAUGUCUAGGUGUUAGUUGUCAGUAACAUUUAUUUUUUAUAUUGUAUACCAUACUGUAGACUCACAUGUUUUCUACCAAUAAAUAAAAUAUGUUAAUAUUG